AUGGCCCGUCGUCGUGCUAACCCCGCUCCGACUCUUGCCGCGAAUGAGGCAAAGCCUCCACCCAAGGACGCCCAGGAUACCACACCAACAUCCAAAGCUGGAACUUGGUUUCUCCAGUUUCCCCCUUUUGUGUACGACAGCAAGGCCGGCUUGCAGAGCAACUUCAACCGCCUGGCCGCAGAUCGCAAGUGGGGGGCAAAACUCAAAGCAAAGCGCUGGGCGCAGUGUCAAGAGGAAGAAUUUGACCACGCGUAUGGAGGUGAUGUGACAAAGUUGGAGUCAUGGCAGAACCUGUGUCGCGAAGUGCAUAUCCUCAACCCACCGAACAGCAUCAGACAAUGCAAAAACGCUCUUGGUGCCCGGAAUGUCUGGGUCAACCUGGUCAAUUUGAUUGAUCAUCGGAACAUUGGUGUCGAGGUCAUUCGCUUCAAGAAUUACCAUGCGUUCAGGCGGUAUACCGAGGACGGUAGGGUGUUUCCAAAGAAGAGGGCAAAGGAGGAGGGCUUCAUCAAAGCACUGCUGAGGAAGCUCUAA